ACAUACUUAACUUUUAUCCUGUUGGCGCCAAAAAGUGUAUACGCUCAACUUUUUGUCACAGUAUUGUAUUGUUCGGCGUGGGUGUAUUUAAUUAAGUUGAAUAAAAAAAUAAUUGAGUUGUUACAAGAAUUAAUUAUCUUUACUAAAUUUUUUUACAUUCGAAAAAAUGAGCCUCAAAGGUACAGGAAAGCUGCAUGUCAUCAAACGUGAUGGACGUGAGGAAAAAGUUCAUUAUGACAAAAUUUCCGCUCGAGUGAAAAAACUUUGUUAUGGGUUAGAUAUGGAUUAUAUCGAUCCACCGGCAAUAACAUAUAAAGUCAUGCACGGAAUAUACCCUGGCGUGACGACCGUCGAGCUGGAUAAUUUAGCAGCAGAGACAGCAGCAACUAUGACUACUCAGCAUGCUGAUUAUGCCAUUUUAGCUGCGAGAAUAGCUGUCUCUAAUCUCCACAAAGAAACAAAGAAAAACUUCAGCGAGGUUAUUAAUGAUCUAUACAACGCCCUCAAUCCUGUAACGAACGAAAAAAUAUCGUUGAUCAGUAAAUAUCAUUACGAUAUAAUCCAGAAACAUGCUCGGGCAUUAGACUCUGCGAUAAUCUAUGACAGAGAUUACAAUUACAAUUAUUUUGGGUUUAAAACUCUGGAAAGAAGUUAUUUGCUAAAAAUAAACGGGAAAAUAGUGGAGAGACCACAGCAUAUGUUGAUGCGAGUGGCUGUUGGAGUUCAUGAGGAAGAUAUUGAUCGCAUAAUUGAAACUUACAACUAUAUGUCUCAGAAAUAUUUCACUCAUGCAUCACCGACACUUUUUUCUGCAUGUACCCUGAGACAACAAAUGUCAAGUUGUUUUUUGCUUACGAUGAUUGAAGACAGUAUACCGGGAAUUUAUGAAACAAUGAAAAGAUGCGCGUUAAUCAGUAAAACUGCUGGUGGUAUUGGUCUGAGUGCUCACAAUAUUCGAGCUGCAGGAACUAGGAUUAAAAGUAACAAUGGAGUUUCGAACGGUCUCAUUCCUAUUCUUCGAGUUUUCAAUAACACAGCGCGAUAUGUCGACCAAGGCGGUAACAAGAGACCUGGAGCAUUUGCUAUUUAUUUGGAACCCUGGCACGCGGAUAUAUUUGAAUUUCUGGACCUAAAAAAAAAUACCGGCAAAGAUGAGCAUCGCGCUCGUGAGUUAUUCUACGCAUUGUGGAUCCCAGAUUUAUUUAUGACCCGCUCAAAAGAUGAUGGAGUAUGGAGCUUAAUGUGCCCUAAUUUAUCUCCUGGACUUGAAAACUGUUGGGGUAAAGAUUUUGAAGAACUUUAUACUAAAUAUGAAAAAGAAGGUCGCUAUGUACGUCAAGUUCCUGCUCGUGAAUUGUGGACUGCUAUCUUGAAAUCUCAAGUUGAAACUGGUACUCCUUAUAUGGUGUAUAAAGACCACUGUAACCGUAAAUCAAAUCAACAAAAUUUAGGCACCAUAAAAAGUAGUAACCUUUGCACUGAGAUAGUUCAGUAUACAAGCCCUGAAGAGGUGGCUGUGUGUAAUUUAGCUUCAAUUGCAGUCAACAUGUUUGUUAAUACCGAAACUAAUACUUAUGAUUUCGAAAAACUUAAAUUGGUAACAAAAAUUGUAACAAGAAACUUAGAUAAAGUUAUUGAUGUUAAUUAUUAUCCAGUUCCUGAAGCUGCUAAGUCGAAUUUCAAACACCGGCCUAUGGGUAUUGGUGUUCAAGGUCUAGCGGAUGCUUUUCUAUUGCUACGGUUUCCAUUUGAAAGUGAAAAAGCCCAGAAACUGAAUAUUCAAAUUUUCGAAACGUUGUACUAUGGUGCAUUAGAAGCGAGUUGUGAAUUAGCUAAAGAGAAGGGAGUCUAUGAAAGUUAUCCUGGUUCGCCUGUCAGCAAAGGUAUUCUUCAAUAUGACAUGUGGAAUGUCACACCAACUGAUCUUUGGGAUUGGACUGAGCUGAAGAAGAAAAUCGCAGAACAUGGUGUAAGAAAUUCGCUCCUCAUAGCGCCCAUGCCGACAGCUUCAACAGCACAAAUUUUAGGAAACAAUGAGUCUACAGAACCGUACACCACAAAUGUUUAUGCACGAAGAGUAUUAUCUGGUGAGUUCCAGAUUGUGAAUCCUCACUUGUUAAAGGAUUUAAGUGAACGUGACCUCUGGGAUGAAGAUAUGAAAAACGAAAUUAUCGCAAAUAAUGGAUCAGUACAAAAUAUCAAGAGCUUUCCAGAUGAACUGAAACCUUUAUAUAAAACUGUUUGGGAAAUCUCUCAAAAAACUAUUCUGAAAAUGGCAGCAGAUCGAGGUCCUUUCAUCGACCAAUCGCAAUCACUUAAUGUUCAUAUUGCUCAGCCGUCGGUUGGAGUAUUAACUUCUAUGCACUUUUACGGAUGGAGUAUUGGUUUGAAAACAGGAAUGUAUUACUUGAGAACUAAGCCAGCUGCUAACGCUAUUCAAUUUACCGUCGAUAAAAGUAAAUUACCAACAUGGAAGGAAGAAAAACUUGUAAAUGGCGUUAGCAAAAAUAUAAGUAGUGACACUAAUGUAUUGUCUUGUUCUCGAGGGAACGAUUCAUGUACUAGCUGUAGCGGAUAAGUUAUGGGUAUUUAUAAAAACGAUGUGUGGGUGUUAUACUGAAACCAACGAAAAAAUUCUUUAUGAAAUUAUAUUUUUAUAAAAAAUUUCAUUUGCAAUGCUGAGAACAUGCAUUGAUUUUCUAAUUAAAUUUAAUGAUUAAAUGACGUUGUCAAUAAUAUUUUUUUUCUUUUUUAUCAUUAAUAAUAAAAUAUUUGCACCUAAAAAUAUAACUUCCUUUUUUUUUAUU